CGCCCCCGCCUCCGGAGCGGGCUGGGGAGGGGGGGGGGCCCCGCACCGAGCCGAGCCGAGCCGCGCCAGCCGCCCGCCCGCCCCUCGCCGCGGAGGAUGCUCGGGCCGUGAGCCCGCAGCCGGCAGCCCCGGCGCCGCGGAGCCAUGGGCAAGGACCAGGAGCUGGUGCAGGCGGUGAAGGCGGAGGACAUCGCGGCCGUGCAGAAGCUGCUGCAGAGGCCCAAGCCCGGCAAAGCCAAGCUCCUCGGAUCGGCGAAGAGAGUCAACGUCAACUUCCAGGACACCGACGGAUUCUCUGCCCUGCACCAUGCGGCGCUCAAUGGGAACACCGAGCUCAUCUCACUGCUGCUGGAGGCGCAGGCUGCGGUGGACAUCAAGGACAACAAAGGCAUGCGGCCCCUGCACUACGCGGCUUGGCAAGGCAAGAAGGAGCCCAUGAAGAUGGUGCUGAAGGCAGGGUCCUCCGUGAACAUCCCAUCAGACGAGGGACAGAUCCCCCUGCACCUGGCGGCACAGCACGGGCACUACGACGUGUCCGAGAUGCUGCUGCAGCACCAGUCCAACCCCUGCAUCAUGGACAACUCGGGGAAGACGCCGCUGGACUUGGCGUGCGAGUUUGGUCGGGUCGGGGUGGUCCAACUGCUCCUGAACAGCAACAUGUGCGCGGCGCUGCUGGAGCCCAAGCCGGGGGACACCACCGACCCCAACGGCACCAGCCCCUUGCACCUCGCGGCCAAGAACGGCCACAUCGACAUCAUCCGGCUCCUGCUGCAAGCUGGCAUCGACAUCAACCGGCAAACCAAGGCGGGCACGGCCCUGCACGAGGCGGCGCUGUGCGGCAAGACCGAUGUGGUGCGGCUUCUGCUGGAUAGCGGGAUCAAUGCCCACGUCAGGAACACGUACAACCAGACGGCUCUGGACAUCGUCAACCAGUUCACCACCAGCCAGGCCAGCAAGGAGAUCAAGCAGAUGCUGCGGGACGCCUCGGCCGCUCUGCAGGUGCGCGCCGUCAAGGACUACUGCAACAACUACGACCUGACCAGCCUCAACGUGAAAGCCGGAGACGUCAUCACCGUGCUGGAGCAGCACGCGGACGGGCGCUGGAAGGGCUGCAUCCACGACAACCGGACCGGCAACGACCGCGUGGGCUACUUCCCCUCCAGCCUCGUCGAGGCCAUAAGCAAGCGAACAGGUUCAUGGGAGACUGUAACAAUCCCCCAACACUACCAAAAGAUCCCGCUCCCGGCUUACGGGGCUGCUGUGCUAAACGGUGACACCUCGUCCCAUCCGUUCCAUUCCCUGCCUCCACCUCCACCUCCACCACCACAUUCCCAUCAGACUCUUUUCAGUUCCUUUGGCUAUCACAGGCUCUCCCCUAGCAGUGCCGACGAGCCGCGUUACGGACCAGGGUCCCGGGGGGCCGACAUGAGCCCGUCCCACCUCUCCCCGUCGCAGGGCGGAUCGGCCGCGCCGGCUCCCACCGAGGAGAUCUGGGUGCUGCGGAAACCCUUCGCAGGUGGCGACCGCAGCAGCCUGGGCAGCACGGGCAGUGUGGCCUCGGCUCGCAGCUCGGGGAGCGGGCAGAGCGCGGGCAGCGGGGCGCACGCCCUGCACGCCAGCUCCGAGGGCGUCAAGCUGCUGGCAACGGUCCUUUCCCAGAAGGCUUCUGCGCAAGAUGCUGCCGUGGGCGAUGGGCCGGCCAAGGCGCAGGACAUCCCCGCAGGCUCCUCACGGUCGCAGAGCGUGGCCAGCUCCCCCUAUGCCCCCCAGCCGGCCGCCGAGCAGCAGCUGAAGAAGAUGGAGCCACCUUCGGAGGGGAAGAGCUCAGAGGCUGUGUACCAGUGGUUGUGCAAGUUCCAGCUGCAGCUCUACGCACCCAACUUCAUCAACGCCGGCUACGACAUCACCACCAUCAGCCGGAUGACACCGGAGGACCUCACGGCCAUCGGUGUCACCAAGCCGGGACACAGGAAGAAAAUCGCCUCCGAGAUCAACAACCUCAACAUCCCCGAGUGGCUGCCGGAGUACAAGCCGGCCAACCUGGCGCUGUGGCUCUCCAUGAUCGGCCUGUCCCAGUACUACAAGCUGCUGGUGGAGAACGGCUAUGAGAACAUUGACUUCAUCACCGACAUCACCUGGGAGGACCUGCAGGAGAUCGGCAUCACCAAGCUGGGCCACCAGAAGAAGCUGAUGCUGGCGGUAAAGAAGCUGGCGGAGCUGCAGCGGGCCGAGCUGGGCAAGUAUGAGCCAGGCACGCUGAAGAGGAAGGCAGCAGCGGGCCCGGAGGUGCUGGCCAUCGAGUCCCCCCCGCCUGAGCCGCCCGAGUGCCAGUCGCCCAAGAUGACCACCUUCCAGGACAGCGAGCUCAGCAGCGAGCUGCAGGUGGCCAUAACGGGCGAAGGCCCCGAGGAACCCCCCGAGAAGCCCACGAACCCCUCGGCCCCCGGCUACCGCUCGCCCCCGGGGCUGGGCGGCCGCACCAGGCUGAUGAGCAGCUCGCAGGAGCUGCUGGGGGACGGCCCCCGAGCCCCCGCCGCUGCCGCCAUCUCCAAGAGCCAGGAGUACCUGGCAGAGGGGGCUGCCGAGGGCCCCCCUGCACCGCCCAAAGAGGCACGACCACAACGGCACGGCCACUCCGUCAAGCGUGCCAGCGUGCCACCAGUGCCCGGCAAGCCCCGGCAGCCCUUCCCACCCGCCUCCGGGCACCUGACACCACCGCAGACCCCCGGCAAGCCACGGCCCCCCUCCCCACAGGGCCCAGUGGUGCCCCACGCCACCGCCAAGGUGAAGCCCACCCCGCAGCUGCUGCCGCCGGGCGAGCGCCCCGCGUCACCCCGCUCCCUGCCCCAGUCGCCCACGCACCGUGGUUUCGCCUACGUCCUGCCGCAGCCCACCGAGGGCGAGGGGGCCCCCCCGGGGGUGCCCGUCCUGCCCGUCUCGGUGCCGGUGCUGUGCCUGCCGCCGGCGGGCGAGGGUGAGGAGGAGCCGGGGCGGCCGAAAAAGCGAGCGCACAGCCUGAACCGCUACGCCGCCUCCGACAGCGAGCAGGAGCGGGACGAGCUGCUGGUGCCCGACGCGGGGCCCUACGCCACCGUCCAGCGGCGCGUGGGGCGCAGCCACUCGGUGCGGGCCCCUGCCGGUGGCGACAAGAACGUCAACCGCAGCCAGUCCUUCGCCGUCCGCCCCAAGAAGAAGGGGCCCCCGCCGCCCCCGCCCAAGCGCUCCAGCUCCGCCAUCUCCAGCGCCGGCAUGGCCGAGGACUUCCCCAAGGAGGGUGAGGGUGAGGCAGCCGCUGGCCCCCCUGCCGCCGAGGGGGAGAGCCGCCGGGAGCAGCGGCGAGCCAGUGACCUGGGCGGCAGCGUGGACACGGGCAGCGCCGGCAGCGUGCGGAGCAUCGCGGCCAUGCUGGAGAUGUCCUCCAUCGGCGGCGGGGCCCGGGCGCUGGCCCUGCAGAAACCACCUGGAGCCGGUGUGCCAGGGCCAGCAAAGGCACCCGAGGGCUACUACCUGCAGCCGGGAGCACCCCCAGGCAGCCCUGAGCGCGCCCGCGUGGCCACUGUCCUGGCCACUGUCAAGCACAAGGAGGCCAUCGGGCUGGACGGGGAGGUGGUGAACCGGCGCCGGACCAUCAGCGGCCCCGUCACCGGGCUGGUGGCGGCCGCCCGGCGUGAGCGUGCCGACAGCGUGCGGUCAGAGACGGGCGCUGAGAGCCCCGGCGAGCGGCUGCGGGCUGAGCGCGGUGGCUCCCCGGACACCAUCCCCUUCGCCGAGGACGGCAACCUCACCAUCAAGCAGCGGCCGCGGCCCCUGGGGCCGGCCCGCGUGGAGGCGGGCGAGGGGCUGUCCCCGGCCCACCGCCACGGGGACCUGGCCAAGGUGGAGGCCAGCGCCACGCUGAAGCGGCGGAUCCGGGCCCGGCAGAGCCAGCAGGACAGCGUCCGCUUCAUCCUCACCGAGUCCGACACCGUCAAGCGCCGGCCCAAGGCCAAGGACAAGGAGCCGGCGCUGGAGCCGGCCCCGCUCGCCGUCUACCAGAACGGCACCGGCACCGUCAAGCGGCGCCCAGCCUCCGAGCUGAGCGGGGCCGAGCCACCCCCAACCCCGCCACCCGCCGCCCGCCCCGACGGCCCCGAGUACCCCCCGCCGCCCGCCGAGCCCAAGAAGCCCUUCAAGCCGCCGGUGUCCCCCAAACCCGUGCUAACGCAGCCGGCGCAGAAGGUCCCUGGGCCACCGGUGCCCAUCCCCAAAAAGGUGCCCAUCCCGAGCCCCGGCAGCCCAGAGGUGAAGCGCGUCCACGGCACGCCGCCCCCGGUGUCCCCCAAGCCCACGCCACCCCCCACGGCACCCAAGCCCCCCAAGCCCCACGCCGCCAUCCAGUCGGUGAGCGCGGGCUCCACGCCGGCACCGUCCCCCGCCAGGCAGCUGGGCGCCACCGCCAAGCCCUCGAGCACGCCGCCCUCGCUCUGCUCCAGCCCCGCCAAGCCCCUCUCGCCCGGCGCGCAGCCCCAGCAGGUGCCGGUGAAGCCGCCGCGCUCUGCCAUCGCCGGCCCCUCCGUCGACAGCGCCAGCCCCGAGCUGGUGCAGCAGAAGCUGGAGGAGACCAGUGCGUCCCUGGCUGCCGCGCUGCAGGCUGUGGAGGAGAAGAUCAAGCAGGAGGACAGCCAGGCGGCAGACUCUGCCGUGGAGUCGAAGAGCACCGGGAGCAUCCUGGACGACAUCGGCAGCAUGUUCGACGACCUGGCGGACCAGCUGGAUGCCAUGCUGGAGUGAGGGGCGCGACGGCCCCGCGAACCUCAGGGCUUACGUGGGCACAAGGGCACAACGAUCCACGACCUCCCGGCCCCGCCGCCCCCUCCCCGUCCCCUUUGUACAGCCGUCCCCUCCCGGACAUCCCAUCCCUCGGGGUUUGCACAAAGAAGAAGAUACCUCAGGAUUGUGCUCACGGACUCGGCGCCCGCUCGCCGCCCCGCGACGGCUCUGGCAGGACUCCCUUUUGCAGAAGCAAAAAAAAAAAAACAACAAACCACAACAGAAGAAACAAAGCAACACGACCCAGCCCCAAACGCCCCCUUCUCGCCGGCUGUGGGGGCACCGGGGGUUCUCUACCUACCUGGCCGGUGGCCACAGCCCCCCGGCCCCGCGGCCGCUGCCUUUGUGCCCGUGCCCUGCCGGCCCCGGCCCCGAAUGUAGCACAACCCCGGCACGUUGGCCACGCUGCUUCCUCCGCUCCCUUCAGCAGACGGCCUUUGUCCGUCCAUCCGUCUGUCCGUCCGUGCCGGGGGGCUGGCGCGGUGGCCGUGCCGAUUUGUUCUGGUGGGGAGUCCGGAUGGGCAACUUGGGUUUCUUUUCUCUUUUUUUUUUUUCCCCUCUUUCUCUCUCUCUCUCUCUUUUUUUUUUUUUUUUUAAAUAUUCUUUUUUAGUUUCCUGUUUUUCCGUCGUCGUUUGCGAGUGGCGGGGCGGGCAGGGCGCGGGGCCAUGGUGCCGGACCAGGCUGCGGGGGCUGCCCCACUCCCCGUGCCCCCCGCAGCACCGGGACCCCCGCGCCAGGGCCCCGAGCUCCGCAAAGGGGUGCUGCAGGCGCUGCCAUGCUUCCUCGCGUGGGGUCUUCCCUUCGGGCGUGGGGAGGGGAUUUCUGUUUGCACCAGUUGCAAACUGGUGAGCGAGCACCCUGCGCUGGGGCGAGCGGGGGGCAGCGGGCCGUGCCCCUGCCCGGCCCCCUCGCCGCCAGGGGAGAGGAUGUAAUAAGCUAUACAGAAGUAUUAAUUUAUUGGAGGGGAAAACAAACGAGAGGUAUAAAAUGGAUUUCCCCCGCCCCCCAAAUAAUAAAAAAGAAUAAACUUUAACAAAUAUAUAUUUAAAAGAUUUAAAAAUAUUAGCAAUUAUAUAUAAAGCAGUUUAAAAAAAAAUCAAGAGAAAACUGGAUUUUAGCUUGAGAAAAACUAUUAGAUUAUACUAAGCUGUGUGUCUUGUGGCAAACUCAUUCUACGAGUAGCACAAUAUUUACCUUUUAUCUGGGUGGAAGGUACGUGCAAGCAGUUCUGUUCGGGUUUUUCUGUUCGAAGUCGGUGUAACGUCUUUAUUUUUACACAGUUAAGAACUCAAAGGAUGUGCCUUGUUUUAUGGAGGUUUUUGUUAAUUCUUCUACUGGAGGUGUUUCAUUUCUUUUGGGGUGUCUUCAGGUUUGGGUUUCUUUUUUUUCGGCAUUCGUUUUCCUGUGCGCGUGUGCGUGUGCGUGCGUUCGCGGGUGUGUGCGUGUGCUCGUGUGCGUUGCGGGCCGCACGGCUGUAUAUCCAUGUACAAACAGGAGCUGGAGUCUGGUUCAGUCGCUUGAGUUCUGAUGAAUGCAUUUUUUGCUUGUGGUUUCAAAAAGUGUUGAUGUACCUUUCUUUUCCCGAGACCUACAGCCUGGUCUCGCCCUCUCCCCUCUUCUCUUCCCUCUCCUCCCCUCUCUGUCUCCCCUCUCUCCUGUUGUGUUCGCUGAUCCAGAUGUGUUUGGCACAACUUUGAAAUUUCUUUUAAAAAAAAACACAAAAAAAGACUUUAAAAAUAACAAAAAAAAAAAUCACCCGCCUGAAAAUAUCUGUUGAAAAGAAAAAAAUAUGUAUCUAAAAAAAAAAAUCCAUAAAGUUCUACAUGAUGGAUAUAUACAUAUAUAUAUUUUUUAUGAUUAAGUUAUGGACUGUAUCGUAUCCCAUCUGUCAAGCUAUGCAUCUUGGUGCUUUCCCUGCUCUUCUGUGCUUAGAUUUCACCUCUACUCGUCUUAUUCUUCCUAUUCUGAAUAGUAGAUGGCUCGUGGUGCUGUGAAGAAGUUUGCUCCUAUACGAAGUCUGGCAACAAAUAUUUAAAGAAAAAUAAUAAAAAAGAUAAAACCCU